AUGGUUAUUUCCUCAGGAAGUUCAGAUUCCAUUGCUAGUGCACGGCCCGUUCUUUCUGCUAUGUGUGAAAAACUAUACAUUUUUGAGGGUGAACUUGGUGCUGGAAGUAAAAUUAAAAUGGUAAUUGAGCUGCUUGAGGGCAUUCAUUUUGUUGCUUCAGUGGAGGCCAUUUCUCUUGGCGCUCAAGCUGGGAUUCAUCCGUGGACACUUUAUGACAUCAUUUCUAAUGCUGCUGGAAAUUCAUGGUGA